AUGAGAAUUAGAAUUACUUCUGACAUGCCCAAAACCGAAUUAAAGCCCAAGGUGGAUCCCUUAGGCCCAAGGCAUACAAAACAAGUCCAAACGACUUACCGAAAGUCACACGAGCCAAAACUCGAUUUUCGAGAAAUCAAAACAAGAUCGAAAAAUUCAUCGGAAUCAAUCAAUAAAAUACAGGAUGUUACAAAGCUUGUAAAUGAAUUAGCCGAAGAAUGCUGCUCCAAAAGCCCCAAGUUGUUAAACAAUGAAUGGCAAUACACAGUGGUGGGUCUUUAUCAUUUUACAUGCAUAAAGUCUAAGACCAGAUGUAUAAGCGAGGUAGCUUUUAUUUUUAGUUCUCUUGAUGCAUAUUCAACCACUAAUUAUGUUUUCAUGGCUCAUACGGGGCUCGAUUCUGAGUUCAAACAAAACCAUAAACAAAAAAAUACGAUUGAACUACGUAGCGAAGAUCUGGAAAGAGUCUGGGAGGAAAAACAGGCACCACCAUGGCGCCACAAGGAAUGGCGACGGCGCAAUGGUGGCAUGGCAGAGGCGCCAUGGCAAGGUGGUGUUGGCACCGUCGUCUCUGGGUCGUGGGGACUCCUUACUGGAAAGACAAAAAAAAAAGGUGAAAUUUCUCUUCAACAUAUUCUUGAAUUUCGGUACCAUUUUCACAGUCUGAAGAAACAACUGAAGUUUGCUUUAAUGGAAAUAAUAUCCGAUAAAUGGUUUUCUGAAUUGGAAAUGGAGGAUGCAGCUGCUUUUAACUACCAAUACCAAAUAGACACACUAGAUUACUCCAUUGAUGAUCUUGAAUUUCAAUCUUUUCCUUAUAACAACCAAAUUUUCAAUCAUCCAAGUGUUGAGAAUUUUCGAGCAUCAACCGAUCUGGAUCAAAAACCAGCAAAACAGCUAAAAUCUGAUAGCUGGAAUUCUUGCACUACCACUCAUGAAAAGAUCACUUCUCCUUCUUCAUCUUCUCAUAUUAUAUCUUUCGAAAACUCGAAUUCGUCUCCUCCUGCUGCUAAAAAGCCUAAGAUUGAAACAGGCUCUGAUGAAAAUGCGAAAUAUCCGUCUAGUUUGUUCAAUCCAGGUUCUUUGGAGGAUCGAUAUGGAUCAACUUAUUUUAAUAAUAAUUCCAAUAAACAAAGAAAUAAUAAGAAGGGUGGUGCAGUAAUAAGUAGGAAUCCUCUAUAUGCUCAAGAUCAUGUGAUGGCGGAAAGGAAGCGCCGAGAAAAGCUUAGCCAGCGUUUCAUUGCUCUUUCUGCUGUUAUUCCUGGUCUCAAAAAGAUGGACAAAGCUUCUGUUCUUGGAGAUGCAAUUAAGUACGUGAAGAAUUUACAAGAACGCGUAAAGACAUUAGAGGAUCGAUCUGCAAUGAAAUCAAUGGAAUCAGUAGUUUUCGUGAAGAAAUCAAAAGUUUAUGUUGAUGAGGAGUCAUCAUCAUCAACUGAUGAGAUUAAUUCUGAGGAAAUAUAUGACCAACUUCCGGAAAUUGAAGCAAGGAUUUCAGACAAAGAUGUUCUGAUUAAAAUCCAUUGUGAAAAACAAAAAGGUUGCUUGAUGAAGAUAUUAUAUGCACUGGAAAAGUUUCAUUUGGAUGUGAUCAAUAGCAGUGUGAUACCUUUUGGAAACUCCACCAUUGAUGUUACUAUUAUUGCCCAGAUGGAUGGUGAAUUUUCCAUGACAAUAAAAGAUCUCUUGAGAAACCUGAGACAAGCUCUACUUAAUUAAGCAUCUGGGACUGAAAUAACAGCAGCAGCUUUUUAACUUUGUUUGUUUGUUUGAUGUUUCCAUUACCACCUGCGAGAAAUAUUAUCUAUUUCUCCCUUAUGUUUCCAUUUUUAGCAGCAGAUGGGUUUUUUAGGGCAAAUGAUGCCCUAGUUUCUUAAGCGCGGUUGACUUGUUGACCACGUUUACUUACCCACGUGCUGAAUAUAUGGAGUUUGGGGCUUAUUAGGGUUUUUUUGACCAUUUUUUAGGUUUAUGUCAAAGAAAAUGUAGCACUUUUUAAGAAGUUUCUGGCCUAUUUCCAGUUGUUGCACGUGUACAGGUUGUCAAAGUUUGAUUGAUUAUCUAAUUAAUAAUUAAUGUUUAGUAUAA